AUAGUGAAGUACCUUGUAGAACACAAAGCUGAUUUGGAAGUGUCAAACCGGCAUGGGCAUACCUGCUUGAUGAUUUCAUGUUACAAAGGACACAAAGAGAUUGCGCAGUUAUUUACUUGAAAAGGGAGCAGAUGUUAAUAGAAAGAGUGUUAAAGGUAAUACUGAAUUGCAUGAUUGUGCAGAAUCUGGAAGUUUGGACAUCAUGAAGAUGCUUCUAAUGUAUUAUGCCAAGAUGGAAAAGGAUGGUUAUGGAAUGACUCCCCUUCUCUCAGCAAGUGUGACUGGUCACACAAAUAUUGUGGAUUUUGUGACUCACCAUGCACAGACUAGCAAAACAGAGCGGAUCAAUGCUUUAGAGCUUCUGGGAGCUACAUUUGUAGACAAAACAAGAGACCUACUUGGGGCUUUAAAAUACUGGAAAAAGGCAAUGAACAUGAGGUACAGUGAUAGGACUAAUAUAAUUAGCAAACCAGUACUUCAGACACUAAUAAUGGCUUAUGAUUAUGCCAAGGAGGUAAAAAGUUCAGAAGAGCUAGAAGGUCUUAUUGCUGAUCCCGAUGAGAGGAGAAUGCAGGCAAUAUUAAUUAGAGAAUGUAUUCUUGGUCCUUCUCAUCCUGAUACCUCUUACUCUAUUAAGUAUAGAGGCACUGUCUAUUCAGACUCUUGAAAUUUCAAAUGAUGCAUCAACCUAUGGAAGUAUGCUUUGGAUAUGCAACAGAACAAUUUGGACCCAUUAAGCCCAAUGACCACCAGCAGCGUAUUAUCUUUUGUAGAACUUUCCUUUAUGCUACAGGAUAGGGCUAAAGGCCUGCUUGGUACCACUGUUACAUUUGAUGAUCUUAUGGGCAUAUUGUGCAAAAGUGUCCUUGAAAUAGAGCAAGCUAUCAAACAGACUCAGUGUCCAGCUGACCCCUUACAGUUAAAUAAGGCUCUUUCCAUCAUUUUGCACUUAAUUUGCUUGUUAGAAAAAGUUCCUUGUACUCUAGAACAGGACUACUUCAAAAAGCAGACUAUAUACAGAUUUCUUAAGCUGCAUCCAAGGGGAAAGAAUAACUUCAGCCCUCUUCAUCUGGCUGUGGACAAGAAUACUACAUGUGUAGGGCGGUAUCCUGUUUGCAAAUUUCCAUCUCUGCAAGUUACUGCCAUACUGAUAGAAUGUGGUGCUGAUGUGAACGUCAGAGACUCCGAUGACAACAGUCCCCUGCAUAUUGCUGCUCUGAACAACCAUCCAGACAUCAUGAAUCUCCUUAUCAAAUCAGGUGCACAUUUUGAUGCCACAAACUUGCACAAACAAACUGCUAGUGACUUGUUGGACGAGAAAGAAAUAGCUAAAAAUUUGAUCCAGCCCAUAAAUCAUACCACAUUGCAGUGUCUUGCUGCUCGUGUCAUAGUGAAUCAUAGAAUAUAUUAUAAGGGGCAUAUCCCAGAAAAGCUAGAGACCUUUGUUUCACUUCACAGACGGAGCCGAGAGGCCUUCCGGCCCCGAAAUCAGCAGAGCCCAGAGGCAUCCCGGUGCCGGGAGGCCUUCCGGCCACCUGGAUCAGCGGAGCCGAAGGCCUCAGGGCCCGGGAAUCAGCGGAGCCGAGAGGCCUCCCUGCACCGGGUUCAGCGGAGCCGAGAGACAUCCCAGCCCUGGGAUCAGCAGAGCCGAGAGGCAUCCGGGACCCGGGAUCAGCAGAGCUGA